CCUCGACCAUUUCAAGGGUUUGUGCUAUCGCAGUUCUCACUCACCUCUCGUCAUCUCAUCCCAUCCACGGCCUCGUAUCUUUUUCCUCUUCUUCCUUACCUCCAUCAAAAUCUGAAUAUCCCGAUGCCUCCACCGACCGAUGAAGAUGAUACGCAGGUCCUCCAUUUCGAUUCCCCUCAUUUAGGCGGGGACGCCGUUUUUAUUGGUGGUGAAACGCUUCCGCUGGAAUAUGGAGAGACACAACGGGUGGAUAGCUGUGGCGAGCAACUUGGGGAGGAGGUUGAAGACUGGGGAAAGACGCAGGUGGUCGAUGAUUUUGAGGAGACUGAGGUAGUAGGGGAUGACGAUGAAGAUGGAGGAGGGCUUUCUGAAAGGACGGAGUUGGUGGAUGAUGAGGAGGGAUUGGUUGAUGAUUUUGUUGGAGAGGUUGAAUCGGGUUUGAGAAGUAAAGAUGCGGGCUUGGUGGAUCCUGAUGCAUCUACUGAUGAAGAGGAGCGCUGUGACGAUGAUGAACCAGAAUGUUCAAGGAAGAACUUUGAUGCUUGUAUUCCAACUGGCAAGAAGUUGGAAUCAUCGAAUCUGGCUGAAGGGAACUUUAAUACGCAUAACCAUGAGAAAACUGAAGAAAGUCCUACUAGAAUGAAGACCAGCUGGAUGGAGACAAUGCCUUCGAGUGCUUCAGCACUGAAUAUUGUUGUCACUAAAAGGGAUGAAUCUGUAUUGGACCGUGAUGCUGAGAACUCAUUCAAAUUCAUAAGGGGCUACAAUAGAGAUAAUUAUCUGUAUCAGGAGGAAGAAACAGAAAUAAGAUCAAAAUUAAAUAAAGAAAAAAUGGCGUCACAAUCUCCACUUAGAUGCAGUGAAACUGCUGCAGGUUUGAGCUAUAUUUCAUCCCAAGAGCCUGGUCUUCAGUCCCAAACCAUUGCAUUAGGUGUUGUGGACAAGUUUCUUUCUGUACAUAAUGAGGAAUUAUCUUCGGACAUUAACAAUGAGAACGCGGACACAGUGAUAUCACUUCCUAUUGCAAGUGUGAAAAAAGCUCAGUGUUUUGUGAGGAAAACUGAUAAAAGUACAACGGGAAAAGUUCAAGUAUAUGACUGGAUUGAUUCCCUUGAGGAUGAAGGUGGCGGUGAAUUAUUUAGCAGAAGAAAAGAUUCCUUCUUUGGCUGCAAACAAAGUAAACGAGUAUCACACAGGCUCGUAGGUUCUGAUAACAAGAGCAGUGCUGAAGGCGCCAAGUCCAAAACAUGUCAGAAACUAGCAUCUUUAUCAAAAUCAAAGAAAUACCUUUUCAGUGAAUUGAUGGAGCAAACAAACACAGAUACAAUGGAGCAAUUAAAGAAAUUUGAUGUUCCCAUAAGUGAUGAAGGUGUUUAUAGCUGCGGUCCUGCCACUCAAAUGGCAGCUGAAGCUAUGCAGGCACUGGGUCAUUCAUCUCCUGUUUCUUUUGAACCGACUACUGUACAAUCAAGGCAUGGAGAGGACACUAGAAGUUCCACGCAAAUUAUAAAAGCUAGCAGAACUCGUUCAAGAAAUGCCUCUGCAAGGAAGAGGAGUAAUAAAUCGGAAGGAAUUAUGACACCCUCAAAACUACAAAACAUCUCGAAAUCAAGAAAAAAAUGCUGCAAUUCUUCUAGAAAACAGUCCACUAAGUCGAGGAAGGAGAUAGUUUUGAAGGAUGGAACAGCUGAAAUAACAGCAAAGAUGAUUAUAAACUGCGAAGAAAUGAUAUCGGCUUACAGUGGAGACUAUGAAAUAAGUACUGGUUGGGAGAGAAUGAAGCAUAUGGUAGAUAAAAAGGUUGAAAAGUCUCCUGUUCCAGUGCUCAGUAAACAGCCUUCAGUUGGUGAAAAACGCACUUUGGGCACUAGUGAGCUUUAUACUUCACCCGUUGCACAUCGUACUAGGCGUUCAAAAGCAGCUGAGCACUUAAGCCUCAAUCAAAUAUUAUUCACUAAUGCUUGCAACGAUACCAGUAGGAUCAAUUUGCGUACCCAUAGACCUGUUGAGAUGGAGGAUGAAUCUGUUUCAAACACAUCAGUAGUACCCAAGGUCAAUAAAAAUGGUUGCAUUAUAAGCUUGAGUGGAACAAUGAACUAUGACCAUGGAUUCAAUGCUCUUCCCGUUGUAGUUGAGGUGGAGAGAGGGCAUAAUGAAGAAACAGUAGCUUCUCGUGACAGAGAUGUUUACAGAGAAUCUAAAAGAAGAAAAAUGAAAAACAUUGACAAAGAGAAUCAAACAAGUGAUAGAAGGCCUGCUAUUCAGAAGAAAGGGCGCAAAGUUUUUAUCAGAAGUUUUGCUGAAAUUUUAGAUACUGUAAAGCGAAGGAAGAGAUCAGUUUCUCUGAGCAGCAAGUUUGAAUCUGAUGGCAUGCAAAAUGAGUCUGGCAUCAGAACAAGGUCAUCAUUGCUUUCAGAUAUUUUGAAGCCUUAUGUUGCAAAUAAUUCACAUUCUAUGGCCCAACUCUCUUGCAAACCGGCUUCUGAUGGAACUGCUAACACAAAUUCACUUUCUUCUGUGAAGCGAAAUGUUAAUAAUGAUAAGCUUGAAACAUCUAAAAAAAGUGCUCAGUCUCGACUACUUGCUGAAGUUGUAAACCAAGAUACAAAACCUGAAGGAUCAACUGUUGCAAUUUGUCAAUCUGGUUUACAAUGUUCACCAAUAACCGGCAAAAAUGCAGUAUCCCCUCUGUCAAGAUCUCCUAUUUCCAGAGAACUUAUUCGGUUAGAAACUUCUUAUACAUCGCCAUCAAAAUUGAAUGAUGUGCGAAGAAGAAAAGAUAUGGCAUGCUUUCAUGUUUGUUUCAGCAAUCAUUUAAACAAGGAUGUGAUUAAGCAGCAGGAAAAGAUAUUGAAAAGAUUAGGAAUUCAGGAAGUCUCCUCCAGUUUAGAAGCAACACAUUUUGUUGCUGAUAGGUUUGUGCGCACAAGAAACAUGCUAGAAGCAAUGGCUAUGGGUAAACCCGUGGUAACACCUAUGUGGCUUGAAAGCUGUGGACAGGCAAGCUCUUCUAUUGAUGAAAAAAACUACAUCUUGAGGGAUAGUAGGAAGGAAAAGGAGAUUGGAUUUAGCAUGCCUGUUUCACUUGCUCGUGCAUGUGAACUUCCACUGCUGCAGGGUAAAAGGGUGUAUGUCACACGAAAUGCAAGACCUAAUCAAGAGCUUAUUUCCAGCUUAGUUAAGGUAGCUGGUGGUCAGGCAUUAAAGAGAAUUGAAUUGUCCAUUACUGAAGAUGAUAAACUGCCUGACAAUCUUCUUAUUCUCUCCGGUGAAGAAGAUUUUGCAGUUUGUGCGCCGCUACUUAAGAAAGGAGCAGUGGUUUUCAGCUCAGAGCUUUUACUCAAUGGCAUUGUUAUCCAGAAGCUGGAAUAUGAAAGACACCAACUUUUCUUGAAUCAAGUUAAGAGGACACACUGAGUAAUAUGGCCUAAUUGUGAAGAUGGAAAGGAGUUUCUCUGUAGCUGGAUCUGCUUCAGCGAAAGGCUAAUGUAACUUAUGAGCUAAUGAUUAAAUAUGGUGCUUCUUUUGUAUAGUGUUUUGUCUCCUUUUGUGUGAGGUGUUUAUAUCUGCGAUUGAAAAAAUAUUUCUUUAUUUUUAUUAUUAUCAUUUAAUAUAUCCUCCGUGCAUAAUUCUUGCACAG